CGUCAAGUACCUAUUAAAUUAAUUUAUUUCCGUCCCAAUGAAAACUUAAAAUUCAAUAUGAUUUUUAUUUUUCCUGUGAAAUGUGUCCCUGUAGAUUCUACAAAGGUAUUUGCAGGUUCAGCAAGAAUUAAUGAUACAGAGUCGGCGAGGCAUUGGCCUGCUAGAAAGUUUAAGACGAAUGUACCCCUGGAAUUGAAGCAACAAAAUUUUGUGAAGAGUUACAAGGAGAAAGAUGCAGGCAAAGUUGUGGUUUAUACGACGACGAUGGGAAUUGUUCGAGAGACGUACAACAACUGCACGAAGGUUAAGAAAAUCCUGCGGACGCUCCUUGUCAAAUUCGAGGAGCGAGACGUGUUCAUGAGCAACGAGUACCAGACCGAGGUAAGAGACCGCAUGCGCUGUGACCACAUCCUGGUGCCACAGGUGUUCGUCGACGGACAGCAUAUAGGGGAUGCCGACACCAUAGAGGUCCUUAAUGAAACUGGAGAGCUUCGUAAAAUAUUGAAACCUUACAAGAGUAUGGAUGCUUGCACCACUUGCAAAAUUUGUGGAGGAUAUCGCCUUCUUCCCUGUCCCAUCUGUAACGGUAGCAAGAAGUCUGUCCACAGGAACCAUUUCACUACCGAGUUUGUCGCUCUAAAAUGUAUGAAUUGUGACGAAGUUGGAUUAGUGAAGUGUACGUCUUGUUAACAACAAUACGAUUCUAUUUACUUAUUGCUUUCUAGUAGGAAAUACGAACUGCUGCAAUAUUUGGUCAAUCUUAUUUGUAAUACAUCGUAACUGCCUAAUGUAAUAAAGAAUAAAGGACUGCUAUUCAA